AUGGGUUUGAAGUUCAAUGAUUUGCUUAUGGAAGAGACGCCAGUUAUGCAAAAGGCUAUCAAGAGGUUACCUCCUUCAUUGAGUUAUGCUAGAAAUUUCAGAAUUCUCACCGCCCAUCAAUUGUCAUUGACUCAACAAAUUCUUCCACCAGAGAAAGCUCUCAAACCAGAAGAAGAUGACCAUUACUUGAUUCCAUAUAUUUUGGAAGCCGAGAAGGAGGCAUUUGAAAAAGCCGAGUUAGAUAACAUUGAAGUCAAGAGUUCUUAG